GGAUUGGCCUCUCCGCCCCCUCCCCUAGGUGUCAGAGAGUUCGCGCUGAUUGCUUGGGUGCAGCCUCUCGCCCUGCGCUCACUCGGCGUCGGGGAGCGGGGAGAGCGGUCCCCAAGGCGGAGCCUCCCUCCUGGCCCCCGGGUACCGCUGCCCCCACCGGGAGCGGGGAGGCGGGCACCGCGCUGCCCUCCCUCCGCGCCCGGCCGGCCGCGUGGCUUGUGGCUUAUUUUCCCAGCUGGCAGGCGUCGCGCUGCAGACAAGGGAAUGCCUGUGGUCCUGCGUGCGCCCGAGCUCCGCGGCUCCCUGAUCCCGCCCAGCCCCCUCCAGGAGCGGAAGGGUUAAACAUGAUGAGGAAAAAGAGGAAGCGAGGCGCGUCCCCCGGCCCAUGCCGCAGCCACGGCCCCGGCCCCGCCACGGCGCCCGCACCGCCGCCCUCGCCGGAGCCCACGGGACCUGCAUGGACGGGCAUGGGCUGGAGAGCAGCACCUUCCUGCGCCGCCGCCGCCGCCGCCUCCACCGCCGCCGCCGGGGCUGAGCCGCGCCGCCGCCCCCGGCCCUGCCCGCCGCCGCCGGCGCCGCUGCUGCCGCUGCUGCUGCUCAGCCUCGGGCUGCUCCCCGCAGGUGACUGCCAACAACCAGCCCAGUGUCGAAUCCAGAAAUGUACCACAGACUUUGUGUCCCUGACUUCACACCUGAACUCUGCCAUUGACGGCUUUGACUCCGAGUUCUGCAAGGCCCUGCGUGCCUAUGCUGGCUGCACCCAGCGAACUUCAAAAGCCUGCCGUGGCAACCUGGUAUACCAUUCUGCUGUGCUGGGUAUCAGUGACCUCAUGAGCCAGAGGAACUGUUCCAAGGACGGACCCACAUCCUCUACCAACCCUGAAGUGACCCAUGACCCUUGUAACUAUCACAGCCACUCGGGAGUCAGAGAACUCAGGGGAGGGGAUCAGAACCCUCCUAAUUACCUUUUCUGUGGCUUGUUUGGAGAUCCCCACCUUAGAACUUUCAAGGAUCACUUCCAGACGUGCAAAGUGGAAGGAGCCUGGCCACUCAUAGAUAAUAAUUACCUUUCGGUUCAAGUGACGAAUGUGCCCGUGGUCCUUGGAUCCAGUGCUACUGCUACAAAUAAGAUCACGAUCAUCUUCAAAGCCCACCGUGAGUGCACGGAGCAGAAGGUGUACCAAGCUGUGACCGACGACCUGCCGGCGGCCUUCGUGGACGGCAGCACCAGCGGCGGGGACGGCGAGGUCAAGAGCCUGCGCAUCGUGGAGAAGGAGAGCGGCCGCUACGUGGAGAUGCACGCCCGCCACAUCGGGACCACGGUGUUCGUGCGGCAGCUGGGCCGCUACCUGACCCUCGCCCUCCGCAUGCCCGAGGACCUGGCCAUGGCCUACGAGGAGAGCCAGGACCUGCAGCUGUGCGUCAACGGCUGCCCCCUGAGCGAGCGCAUCGACGACGGGCAGGGCCAGGUGUCCGCCAUCCUGGGCCACACCCUGCCCCACACCUCCCCGGCCCAGGCCUGGCCCGGCCACACACUGGAGACGGCCAGCGCGCAGUGCCACGAGAAGAUGCCGGUGAGGGACAUCUACUUCCAGUCCUGCGUCUUCGACCUGCUCACCACCGGCGACGCCAACUUCACCGCCGCCGCCCACAGCGCCCUGCAGGACGUGGAGGCGCUGCACCCGCGCAAGGAACGCUGGCACAUCUUCCCGAUCAGUGGGCACGGGGCGCCCCGGGCAGGCAGCCCUGGGUCUCUCAGUCUAGGACUCACAUGCUUGAUCCUUAUUGUGUUUUUGUAGGGGUUGUCUUUUUUUUUUUUUUGUCUAUAACAAAAAUUUUAAAUAUAUAUUGUCAUAAUAUAUUGAGUAAAAGAGUAUAUAUAUGUAUAUACCAUGUAUAUGACAGGAUGUUUGUCCUGGGACACCCACCAGAUUGUACAUACUGUGUUUGACUGUUCUCGCGUAUGUUGGAUGUAGUGUUUUUUUGAUUGUAUCGAUUUUAUUUUGCAGUUUUGUGAAAUGUUUGAUAAUGUCCCUGCCUGGGGACCUGUUAGAAAGCACUUUAUUUUUUAUAUAUUAAAUAUUUAUGUGUGUA